AAAUAUUAAAUAUAAAGAUGCGCGCAUUUCUACUCGAAGCUUGUGUUGAGAGCCACUGUUUAUCCGGUCUUCUGCUACACGUCAAUGGUAAAACUGUAAGGUUGCAAGAAAUUUUGUGAAUCUUCGCGGAAGACCGACUCGUUUGAUAUAUCGGUAUUUGAAGAAGAGAAAAUUUCAUUUGAUAACAAUUAUCGAAACGUAGACGCAUUGCGAAUUAACAGUGGCGCACGGUUAGCGGCCAGCGGAAUCAUUGACUAGCGUGGUACGCACUUGCUGCGCGUAUCUGACGUCGACUACUCUUGUCCGCGAAUGACUACAUGUCAAAGAUCGCGAGUGUUGUCAUCGUCGUCGUCGUCGUCGUCGUCGUCGUCGUUGUUGCCUCAUCGUUGUCGUCGGUGUCGUCGUGUCGUUGUCAUCGUUGUUGUCGUCGGGUGAAACAACGUAAAGGAGAAAGACAUCUCGGCCGGUUCAGCGGGAUCAACGUCCCCCGUAUUAUUCAGGAUGUUGGCGCUAAUCAAUAGGAUCUUAGACUGGUUCAAGUCUCUCUUUUGGAAGGAGGAAAUGGAACUCACGCUUGUUGGACUUCAAUAUAGCGGAAAAACUACAUUCGUUAAUGUCAUAGCGUCGGGACAGUUCAGCGAAGAUAUGAUACCAACGGUGGGUUUUAAUAUGCGUAAAAUAACUAAAGGUAACGUUACCAUUAAAGUUUGGGAUAUCGGCGGUCAACCAAGGUUUAGAUCCAUGUGGGAAAGAUACUGCAGAGGCGUCAAUGCUAUAGUAUAUAUGGUCGACGCAGCUGAUUCAGAGAAAAUUGAGGCCAGUCGUAACGAACUACAUAAUUUACUGGACAAACCUCAACUUUCCGGUAUACCAGUUUUGGUACUUGGGAAUAAAAGGGACCUCCCUCAUGCAUUGGAUGAAAAUGGACUUAUAGAAAGAAUGAAUUUAUCAGCGAUUCAAGAUCGUGAGAUUUGUUGCUAUAGUAUUUCCUGCAAAGAAAAGGACAAUAUUGAUAUCACGUUACAAUGGCUCAUAGCACAUUCCCGAAGCGGAAUACGCUAAUACGUAUGAAAAAUAUUGUGCAUUCGUGUUGGAAAACCCAAAAUAUCGAUAAAAGUAUUGGGAUCAAUCGCACGAGGAGUGUUCAGUGGAUUUUGUUCAGGAUUCAGAAUCGAGUCAUUAUCGUAGAAAAUUUCUUAAACCUAAGCUUUAGCGAUUCUAAGUUUACAUACGAAGAAUUUGUGGCGAAAUUAGGGGAGGGGGGAGUAAAAAAGUAAAAAAGUAAAAAAGUAAAAAAACAAUGCUUAUGCCAAGUACAUUUUUGUGGAUUAUAACAUGGAAAGCUCGAACGAGGGCUAGUUAGCGUUAAGAAACAAUUUUUUAUAUUUUCGUUUUUAGAUACUCGAUUCAAACAUCAGUGCUAUUAUUUGAACUUGUACUAUUGGAGCAUAAUAGUAUUUAAUGAUUAUGAUAGACCACAAUGAUAGCUAAUACGAAUACAGGCUCAAAGGUAUUAAUAUUAAUUACUAUAUAAUACGCAAUCUCUUAAAAUUACUUGAUAACGAUUAAACGAUCACCAUGUAGAGAUUUCGAAGGAUUGAUUGCUAAAUGUACAUGAUACGAUGCUGAGUAAACUUGUAUAAUUAAUGAAGAAUAAUGGACUAUACGAUAUCAAUUUAUUAUGCUCUAUAAAAUAUGAUUGUGUGUUAUGUAUAUGUAUAUACGUAUAUGCAUAUAUACAUAUAAAUAAAACCCUAUAAUCCAUUUUUUAAAUGGAUGCUCGCCUAUGUACCGAAUCCUAAUCUCAUUGGAGAACGUAUAUGAUUUUAUUAUAAUAUUUUAUUCAUCUUGUACUUUUAAUUACAUACGUUUACUUCAUCUGCGUUUACUUGACUUUCUUCAUCGUUUCAUACUUGUUGCAAAUAUUCUGUUAAGUUGCGUCAACGUUACGAAUUUAUAAGUUCCAGGAUUUUUAGAUAAUUUCGUCUCUGAAGUAACAUAUACGCGUACUGCGGUCUUUCGCCAAUGAGUUUCUUCGUAUGCGCGCAUGCGCAACAAAUUCGUUUCACUCUAGAGGGCGCUGUCGAUUCGAUGUGUAAUCAGUUUCUUGCUGUCAAGGAAUACGCGUCGGUUCGUCUUUACUUUCUAAUCGGAGUGUGUCGUAUAAUCGAAUAAUUAAUAUUAAAUUAUGCCUCCGACAAACGACGACGACGAUCCUUAUGCACAUGCCGCUAAGGGACCUCUUAAAUUAAAAAAUGAUCAGACCGUGAGUAAAAAG